AUGGGAGAAGACUUCGCCCGCCGCCACCCAGAGCUGCCGCCGGAGACGGUUACGUGUAUGAUCCUGCUGCGCAUCAGUGACUCCAUCCAGCGGGCCGGCAAGACGCUGGAAUACUUCGGUCUGUCGCCCGUGCCCGCUGAACACCGAGCAGCGGCCGCCGCCUCUGAGGGGGUCCAGGAGCUGCGGCGCCUGCCUCCCAUUACACGGGAGGAGGUCGACUUUGACCGUGCUGACCUUCAGCGCACCGUCGACCAGCGGCCGCCUGGCCUGCUACCAGCUCAGCGCCAGGCGGUGGACACGGUGCUGGCCGUGGUCGACGGCCAGGAGCCGCUCGCCCUAUUCUUGGACGCGACAGGUGGCACUGGCAAAACAUUCACAUUUAACCUGCUCCUCUCUGCAGUGCGAGCCAAGGGCCUGGUUGCACUUGCCGUCGAAUUCAGUGGCAUAGCCACCACGCUGCUGGACAGCGGGAGGACAUUUCACUCCCGCUUCAAAGCUCUUCUGCGACCGGACGUCACCGCCAUCUUUAACAUCCCCGCCCAGAGCGAGCUCGCCCAGCUGAUCCGGCUAGCGCGCCUCAUCGUGAUGGAUGAGGCUCCGAUGGCGCACCGGCACCACAUCGAGGGCCUCGACCGGACGCUGCGCGGCCUGACGGGGUCCGAUCAGCUGUUCGGCGGCAAGGUGGUGGUGCUGGGCGGCGACUUCCGGCAGGUUCUGCCUGUCGUCCGGCACGCCAACCAGGCAGGCAUCGUGGACGCCAGUCUCCGCCGCUCGCCGCUGUGGCGCCACUUCAGAGUAUACCGGCUGCGGGAAAAUAUGCGCGCCAGACUGGCCACGCAAAACCCCGGCCGGGCCCGAAGUUGA